ACUCGCCACCAAAUCUGUGAAGAUGGAGAAAUCUGAUCUAAUGGGCUUGCUGGUUACCAUAGAGCCGCUUGAGACUGGGCUGUGGCCUCCUAACCACCCGCCAGAGAUGCUUCUCGGUGUAGAUCAAAGUGAUUUCGAGAAAAAAGAGCUAGACGCUGAAUUAGCAGAUCUGAAAAUGUGCCUGGACUCAUAUGAGUCGUCUUUAAAGAGUUACAGUGAAGCUCGAGAGACGGAGCAGAGAAACCUGAACUCUGCAAAGGAGACAUUGAAGAAACUGGAGGGCAACAAAAAUUAUGCACAAACAAUUAGGGAUAUUGGGAUUGGCCUUCUUGGCAUACCACUUUUCGGAUGGAUCAGUGGGGGAAUCAUGGUUGGUGUUGGCCAAACCGACUUAAACACAGCCUGGGAACAAAUCGACAAAGCUCGUCAGGAGGUGGAGAAAUGUGACUCCCAAGUGAAGAUCUACAGUCAAAAUGUGUCUGACUGUAAAGAUUUAAUCGCCAAAACUCAGGCAGAAAUCAAAGAGGUCAGCAGCAGAAUUAGUAAGAUCCAGGCAGAGCAGAAGACCGUGUCUGUGGAACGGGAAACUGUUGCAGAGAUUACAUCCUGCUGCUGCUGUUGCUGCUGCUGUCCUGCACCUUUUCAACGUGCCAUGACCUUCUUCUCAUGUGGCAGGUGCAAAUAAUCUUAAUUAGCACCUGCCAAGUAUUAAAGUCAGAUGAGGCAUUACCAAGGAAAGUAGUUGUGCUUGUUUGUUUUUUAUUUUUCCCCUCUUUGACCUCAGCAGUCUUACACGGCUGGAUUUUGUUAUUUUAGUUUGAGGUUGAUAGUCUUAGUCUAGACGUGACUGGGUCAGCAGUCUACCUCACUUAUUUUAUGUUUGGCCACAGUUCCAAAUCCCAGUUUUUAUUGUUGCCCCUUUGUAUUCAUUCCUCUAGACCAGUAACACAGAGAUUAAGAGUCGAACUAGAAAAGCUUGGGCUCCUGUCUGCUACAGGGCAGAUUUGUUUUCUUUUUAAAAAGAAAUAUGAAGUACUACAUUUAAAAAGAAUAAAGAAAGCAUGUAGAAAAAAGUAUUGACUAUGCUGUCUCUUUUAAUGCAGUUUCAUUUGUUGAGUUUAAAAUGAAGAAAUUCAAUCAUGACAAUAAUUUAAUCAUGUUCACAUUAAGUCAAAACCCUAAAAAAAAAAAAAA